CAGUAGCGCAGACCGACCAGCGAGGGGCGCUGUCAGGUAGCUCACCGUUCAUUUCUAAAACGGUCGAUGAACAACUCUGGGGAAAAUGCUGCAAACCUUCCGAAUUUACGCAACACUUUAUCAAGCUCUAGUCAUCAAUGAACAACCACCGUCUGGACGACGACAACAAUGUUCUGCCCCGUGUCGGAGCCUGCUCACCUGGUGCUGACCCCUGCGUGUGACCCCUCCCUGUAAGGGACCGUCCUCCUCCCCCCCCCCCCCCCCCCCCCCCCAGACCCCCGGAGAACCCCCCCCCCCCCCCAGGGCAGGGCUGGCAGCACACCCAGGGUCAUGUUCCACCUGAUCAAGAAGGACAAGGAACGGGAGUCUCUGCGGAAGGAGAAGAAGGAGAAGAAGGACCGCAUGUCCCAGGCCGACCUGUGCAGCCUGGAGGAGAUGAGCGUCCGCCGGGGCUUCUUCGGCCUGCACCGCGGCGCCUCCAAGAGGGACUCCAAGACGCGGCUGGAGAUCUCCAGCCCCAUCCCCAUCAAGGUGGCCAGCGACGCCGAGCUCAGCCUCACCGACAUCCAGGCGGAGCCCCUCCCCGGGCCGGAGAAGGACCCCCACCGCCGGGGCUCCGUGAAGGAGCGGGCGGCCAUGUUCGGCCCGGUCCUCACCAAGACCCCCUCCCAGGCGCUCAUGGACCCCCCGCCCGCGCCGCCCCCCCUGGCCCCGGCGGCCGACGGGUUCGCCGACGCCCGGUUCGGAGCCGUCCAGUACCCCGCCCUCGCCUCCCACCCGGGGGGCGAUGCCGCCGCCGCCGUCGGGGAGCUUCCCCGGCAGCGCCCCCCCCCCCUAGGGCACCCCCCCGCCACCCGCGUCCCGGAGCUGGUGGAGAAGACCUUCCCCGGGGCGGACCUGGCGCUGCCCGCCGUGGCGUUGCAGCCGCCGCCGUCGCCCCGCGUGCUGGACGUGGCGCGCCGCAACACGGGCGACUUCGGCUUCUCCCUGCGGCGCACCACCCUGAUGGAGCGGGGGCCGGACGGGCGGCCCUGCCGCCGCGUGGUGCACUUCGCGGAGCCCGGGGCCAGCACCCGGGACCGGGCGCUGGGCCUGGUCCCCGGGGACCGGCUGGUGGAGAUCAACGGCGUGGGCGUGGAGAGCCGUAGCCGCGACGACAUCGUGGAGAUGAUCCGCCGCUCAGGGGACUCGGUGAGGCUCAAGGUGCGGCCCAUCUCGGAGCUCAGCGAGCUCAACCUCUGCUGGCUCAGGAACUACCAGGACCCGCCCCGCGACGGCUACUACGAGGUGAGUGGGGGGGGAGGGGGGCCACGGGGGGGAGGGAGAACAUGGGGGAUGUGCCCACUGGGUACGGCCCAGGUGGAGGUCCAGAGAGAGAGGGGCCUGAAGGAGAAGUUAGCCCGCGAUAAGGACCUGAUGACGGGGGAGAUCUUAAACCUGCGCCAGAAGAUCCAGGACAAGGAGGCGGAGAUUAGUGACGUCAGCGCGGCGCAGAAGCAGCUGGAGGCGGAGCUCGGCGACCUGACGUCCCAGGAGAGCCGCGACGAGGCUUCCCAGAGCCGCGCGAAGAAGCAGCUGCGGGACCUGGAGGCCAAGGUCAAGGACCAGGAGGAGGAGCUGGACGAGCAGGCCGGGACCAUCCAGAUGCUGGAGCAGGCUAAGCUGCGUCUGGAGAUGGAGAUGCAGAGGCAGAGGCAGAGCCACUCCAAGGACAUGGACAGCAAAGACGAGGAGGUGGAGGAGAUCAGGCAGACCUGCAGCAAGAAGUUGAAGCAGUUGGAGAUCCAGCUCGAGGAGGAGUACGAGGACAAGCAGAAGGUCCUCAGAGAGAAGGAGCUGGACACCAAACUCAUCAGUGCCCAAGACCAGGCGAGUCUGAGGAACGUGGAGGGGGAGAAGAAGCUGAGGAAGGACCUGAAGAGGACCAAGGUGCUGCUGGCCGACGCCCAGAUCAUGCUGGACCACCUGAAGAGUAACGCCCCCAGCAAGAGAGAGAUCACCCAGCUCAAGAACCAGCUGGAGGAGUCAGAGUUCACCGCGGCGGCGGCGGUGAAGGCGAGGAAGGGCAUGGAGAUGGAGAUCGAGGACCUCCACAUCCAGACGGACGACGUCAUCAAGGCCAAGAUGGGGCUGGAGGAGCAGAUCAGUCGGAUCCAGAGGGAGAAGAACGACCUCCAGACGCGAAUGGAGGAAGACCAGGAGGACCUCAACGAGCUCAUGAAGAAACACAAGGCCGCCGUCUCCCAGUCUGCUCGGGACCUGGGCCAGAUCAGUGAUCUCCAGGCCCAGCUGGAGGAGUCCACCAAGGAGAAGCAGGAGAUCCAAGAGAAGCUGCACUCCCUGCAGAGCCAGCUGGAGUUCCAGGUGCAGUCCAUGGUGGAGAAGUCUCUGGUCAGCCGGCAGGAGGCCAAGAUCAGAGAGCUGGACACCAAGCUGGAGUACGAGAGGACCCAGAUCAAGAGACUGGAGAGCCUGGUGAGCCGGCUGAAGGAGAACCUGGAGAAGAUGGCCGAGGAGAGGAACCAGACGAGCACGGCGGAGAACCGGGAGAAGGAGCAGAACAAGCGCAUGCAGAGACAGCUGAGGGACAUCAAGGAGGAGAUGGGGGAGCUGUCCAAGAAGGAGACGGAGGCCAGCCGCAAGAAACACGAACUGGAAAUGGACAUCGAGAGCCUUGAGGCGGCCAAUCAGAGCCUGCAGGUGGACCUGAAGCUGGCCUUCAAGAGGAUCGGAGACCUGCAGGCCGCCAUCGAGGACGACAUGGAGACGGACGACAACGACGACCUCGUCAACAGCCUCCAAGACAUGGUGACAAAAUACCAGAAGAGAAAGAGCAAAACCGGAGACGAGACGGAGACGGACUCGGAGGUGGAGGACCGCGUGGACGGCGUCAAGUCCUGGCUGUCCAAGAACAAGGGCUCCACCAAGGCCCCGUCGGACGAGGGCAGCCUGAAGAGCGCAAGACACGCGGCCAACGCGGACCCCAAGGAGGGGAAGGAGGGCAAGGAGAAGGCGUCGGACGGGGGGGGAGAGGGUCCGGAGCCGGACCUGAGCCGCUCGGUGUCAGUGAUGAGCACCCUGAGCUACAGGAAGCGCUCCAACCUCAAGGACUCCAUCGGGGGGAAGGGCGACGAGAGCUCGCUGUUCAGCGCGCUGAAGGAGCAGCCCGACGGCCACGACCACGCCGCCCUCCGCAAGGCCAAGGCCAAGCCCGGCGGCGGCGGCGGCGACGCCCCCGACGACCGCAGGAAGUCCACGGCCGACGACAUGGACGACCGCGGCUCCGUCAUCUCCACGGCGUACUCGGAGGCCGCCAGCCGCGCCCGCAGGGGCCUGGACCGCCGCUGGACCGCGUCCCGCGGCGGCGGCGCGAGCCCCGACGCCGACUCCGUGGUGUCCUCGCUGGCGCCCAGGCGGCGGCCGGCGGCGUUGGACGACGACGACGACGACAAGUCGACGAUCAGCAGCGUGAGCCGCUUCAGCCCGCGCUCGCUGCAGCGCAGCACCUCCUGGAAGGAGGAGCGCCGCGCCGGCUCCCGCCUGUCGCUGGCGCGCAGCUGCGGCCUCAGCGAGUUCGGCGUGUGCGUGGACGAGGACGAGGACGAGGACGCCCGCAGCCUGGCCUUCACCGGGGGCGGGGGGUCGUCCUACAGCCCCCGCUCGCCGCGCGGCCGGAGCUACUCCCAGCCGCCCCGGCCCCGCUCCUCCGAGGGGAACGCGGCGGCGGCGGCGGACGCCGCGGACGCCAAGCCCGUCACGCACCGCAACUACCUGGACCCCGACCUGGAGGCGGCCAUCAACGAGGUGCUGAGCUUCAAGCCCAUCAAGUUCAAGAGGAGCAAGAUGGAGGACUCCGGCGAUGAGGGGGAGGAGGGGGAGGGGGAGGUGGCACCGGGGGGAGGGGGGGGGAGGAGCGGGGGAGGACGCCUGUCCCGGUCGGCGUCGGGCUCGGCGCUGCACUCCGGCCACCGCUCGGCCAGCAGCUUUAGCUCCGCCUCCAGCCGCAGCCGCAAGCCCAAGAAGAAGAGCAAGGCGUCCUCCUCGGAGAGCUCCUCCUCGGACGCCGGCCACAGCCGGAGCCGCAGCUCCAAGGGGCAGAAGAAGAGCAAGAAGUCCAAGAAGAGGUCCAAGAAGAAGGAGGCCAGCGAGUCGGAGGACUCCUCCUCGUCCUCCUCUUCCUCCUCCUCCUCGUCCUCCUCCUCGUCUUCGUCCGGGAGCUCCUCGUCGGGCUCCACCAUCUCGUACCGGAGCUCCAGCAGCGUGAAGAAGGGUCUGGCGAGGCGGCCGCGGCUCUCGGACGACGACGACGACGACGACGUGCCGCCCCCCAGCCGCUCGGCGAAGCACGGCAAGAAGGAGAGCAAGAAGGAGGGCAAGAAGAAGAAGGAGGGCAAGAAGAAGGUGGACAACCUGGUGAUGAAGUACCUGUACCAGCCCGACAGCGACUGAGAGCCCCGGCCGGUGGGACGGCGAGCGUCCUCCAGUGUACAGAAGACACCUGUGUGGCCCCCGACCAGAGGAGGAUGCCGGAGACCCCCCCACGCAGCCCCCCGACGCUGAGACCCCCCCCUGGACCCCCCAGCGCCGGAGACCCAGGCCUGACCGGGCCUCACCUCCCUC